AUGACGGCCGCAACACCACCUACGAGGAUUGGAAAUACUUCUACAAACACAAUAGCCGGUGCCGCUGGAGGCGUUGUCUCUGUUCUCCUUGGUCAACCAUUUGAUCUGAUAAAGGUGCGACUGCAGACUCAUGGCUCUGGCAACGUCGUCCAAGUUGUCUCCCGAAUUCUGAGAAAUGAAGGACCACUAGCAUUCUACAAGGGUGCUCUGCUACCUUUCCUAGGAGUGGGAGCGGCAGUAAGCAUUCAGUUCUCUGUCUUUCACAGCGCGACGCAGGCGCUGAAUGCUCUGAGAGCGAGAGAUUCUCAAGGAGCCGCACAGCAGCCGACCCUUCUAGAUCUAUACUUGGCUGGUGGCAUUGCCGGGAUUGCAAACAGUGUGGUGUCAGGCCCUGUCGAACACAUCAGAACCAGGCUUCAGACGCAGCCGCAUGGUGCCAACCGCCUCUACGCCGGGCCAUGGGACUGCAUAAGACAGAUAGCCGGUACUGCUGGCGUCAGAGGGUUAUUUCGAGGACAAAACACGGCUAUUCUGAGAGAGUUUCAAGCAUACGGUCUAUACUUUGCCACCUUUGAAGCCUGCGUGAGGACGAUUGCCGCAGCCAAGGAGACGAAGCGGAACGAGUUGCCUACAUGGAUCGUUGCUUCGUGUGGUGCUUUGUCGGGGAUAGCAUUCUGGGUGGGAAGCUAUCCUCUAGAUACCGUGAAGACCAAACUCCAGAGCGACGGGUUUGGCCAGCAUCGACGUUACGAGAAUGCCUGGGCAGCUACAGUAGAGACGUGGAAGAGUGGAGGAUCCAGAGCCUUCUUCCGCGGUCUUGGCCCAACGUUGUUGAGGACGAUGCUGUCUUCGGGUGGGACGUUUGCGAUGGUCGAGAAUGUCAAGCGAUUUCUUGCAUAG